AUGGAACAAACAGUGAAGGACUCCUUUGAUAAUCCUGAUCAAAUCACCACACCUCUUUCCGCCGCUUCUCCUAGACCAAUGUCUCCUGCAGCAGAUACACCAGAAGUACCCACAAAAGUCUUAGCCAAGAGCAUGUUUAGUUUCAAAGUCUUGACAGAAUGCCCAAUUAUUGUCGUUUUACUCUUUCAAUCUUACAGGCGAUCUGCUGCUGAUAAUAUUAUGAAAUUCAUCCCACUCAUUUUUCAAACCCUCAGCCUACAAGCAAAGCCUCAAAUGGAAGCUGCCAAUGCUGCGCUUGCACGUGGAGAAGUUUUUGUGGGUGUCAGUCCUGCCAUCAAACAACGCAGUCUCUAUAACGAAUUUAUCGUAGCUCAAGUUAAAACCAUGUCAUUUUUGGCUUACAUCCUAAGAAGUUAUACAACAUUAUUACGACCAUAUCAACACCAAAUUCCCGACUUUGUUUUGCGAUUAUUACGAGAAUGUCCAGCGGAAUCGUCAGCAACGAGAAAAGAAUUAUUAGUUGCUACUCGUCAUAUACUUUCCACAGAUUUUCGAACUUCAUUUGUCCCCAAGAUUGACUUGUUAUUAAAUGAAAAGGUAUUAAUCGGAACAGGCGUUACUGCACAUGAUACUUUAAGACCUUUAGCAUAUAGCAUGCUCGCAGAUCUUAUUCAUCAUAUUCGAGCAGAAUUAUCCGCAACCCAACUUUCCAGAACCAUUUAUAUCUAUUCACGUAACCUUCAUGAUGCUACAUUAGCACCCAGCAUCCAGACAAUGUGCGGCAAAUUAUUGCUGAAUUUAAUUGACUGCAUCAUGAAAAUUACUGACAAAGCCGAAGGCCGAAAGUUAUUAAUGCGAAUUUUGGAUGCAUUUGCCAGCAAAUUUGAAGCAUUAAACACACAAUUCGACACAUGUGUAAAACAAUACAAAAAGAAAAAGGAGUCAACAGAAUUCGAUUUCGACCGUGCUCGUUCAAUUCAUACCGGUUCUUCUUUACCUGAAGCAACACAGGAUGGCAUCAAGGACGGACGAUUCCUCUUUAAAAAUUUAGCAAUUGGUUUAAAGCCACUAUUUAUCGGUCUUCGACAUUGUAACCCACCACCGCCACCAGGACAGGACAUCAAUGCACAAAUUUACGCACAAUUUGCUAGAGGAUUUUCUCAAGACGAUGUGCAAUUAUUUGUUCGACUAUUUAGAGAAGGCUUACGAUGUUUCGAGUAUUACAAUGUGGAUAAUUAUGGACCAGAUGGUUCCCCGCCCGAUUAUUCUCCACCAGGAGAGGAAAAAACUAAAGAUAAUUGGACAAUUGGAUCUACCGAAACAUGCUUAAAACUAAAUCUACAACAAAACGGCGAAAAGGAAGUUCUGGAUACCUUCCCCAUCGUUUUUACCUUGUUGGACCCUGCUGUUUUUCAAGAAUUAUUCGCUUCACAAAUCGAUUUUUUCUAUGACCGUAUGCUGAUCAAUACAUCACUUUUACAUUUAUCACAAUACUUUUUAGUCAACGAAAUAACCACACAAGGAUUUGCUGGUAUAUUGUUUAGAUUCUUGGUGGACCGCAUCGAUCAAUUAGGAGAAGAUAGUUUGCAUUAUUCCGCAGUAAUGCUUCAUUUGUUCCGAUUAGCUUUCAUGGCCGUCAAUUUAUUCCCUGACGCCAACGAAAGCAUCUUGCAACCUUAUCUCGCCAAAUUAGUCAUGUCCUGUUUUAAACUCGCAGCCAAGGCUAAGGAGCCUGCAAAUUAUUUCCUUUUACUUCGGGCAUUAUUCAAAAGUAUUGGAGGUGGUCGCUUUGAGUUACUCUAUAAAGAAGUGUCUCCGUUACUACAAGUCAUUCUCGAAAACCUCAACUCUUUACUAUCACUUGCUCAUAAGACGGAUAUGCGAAACCUGUUUGUAGAACUUUGUUUGGCUGUACCUGUACGUUUAAGUACUUUGUUACCGUAUCUUCCUUAUUUAAUGCGACCACUGGUGAUCGCACUUCAAGCCGAUCAAGAUCUCGUAUCACAAGGUUUACGUACAAUGGAAUUAUGCAAUGAUAAUUUGAACCCAGAAUUCUUGGAUCACAUCAUGGCACCCGUAAUGACAGAGCUGAUGGAUGCGCUUUGGAAGCAUUUGAAGCCAUUACCCUAUAACCAACAACAUAGCCAUGCUGCAAUGCGAAUUCUAGGUAAAUUGGGAGGCCGUAAUCGACGUAUGCUCAAGAGUCCGCCCAAGUUAGGAUUCAACGCACGUAUCGAAAGUGGAGUUUCGAUUGAGGUGAUAUUUGAUCCAAGUCCUACGCCCCACACACUUCCACUGGAUAAAUGUUUAGAUAUUGCGAUACACGCACUUGAGUCUUCCAGUACAGACAUUGUGUACAAACGACAUGCCUACAACUUUUUAAAAACCCACCUUAUUCUUAUGCUCGAAUUGGAUGAAGGACCCGAUGACCUAGCCGUAUCGUUAUUUAGAAGAGUUAAGGAACAAUUUGUAGACCGACCAGAUGAAGAGGAAUCGAGCACAGCACCUACACUCGUCACACAAAGUUUGGGCCGUAUCACAGUCGAUGAGGAUAAUUCGGUGGUUGGGAACACAUUAAAUGAAACAGGCAUGAAACCGAAAAGACUGGCUGGUAAUGGGUAUACGAAAUAUGUCUCUAAAAGAGUUGCACAAGAGGAAGCACUUCGUUCUAUUUUGGUUUCUGUCAUGACAGCGUCGAUCAUUACUGAAUUAAGUGAUGAUGCGUGGACAUUUUUUUUGAAUAUCUGUCGACAUUUCACCUUGUUGCAUAUUGGCGAAGCCAUAGAAGCGAAAGAGAAUGGUCGCAAGCCGUUAGCCAAUAUGAUGGACGAAAGAUUGACAGUACAACACUUAAAUACAACGAUUCUGGUAGAGGCUAUUGUUGAAAUCAUGUCUUCAUCACAAAUUCAGUUGCGCCAGCGAGGUGAAGAAGCACUGCGUGCAUGUUACGAUGUGGCAGUGACGAUAUUUGGUUCAAAAGAACAUGUUGAUCAAUUGCCCAUAUUCCGUGUCUUUGCUUCCCAAUUUUGCUCAUGUUGUUACAAACCUGAAUGGUUCAAGAAGAGAGGUGGAUGUCUUGGAAUUUCUAUUAUGAGUUCUCAACUGGAUAUGGGUACGAAGUGGAUGCGUGAACACGAACUGGAUUUCAUUCGAUCUUUGUUGUUCGUAUUAAAGGAUGCUUCGCCUGAAAUGGCUAAUGUCAAUACAGAGGAAGCUACCCAGACGUUAUCACAUGUCUUAAAAGUAUGCAAUGGACCUGAAGAUGGUGAAUCCGCAGAAGCCCAGCAAAAGUUCCAAAACUUAAUCACACUUUUGCUUAGCGAAUUGUCGAAUUCCAACAGUGCAGUGCGUGAAACAAUUCAAUCGUCUUUCCAAUUAUUAGCAGACUUAACAGGAAACGAAGUGACCGAGCUUUUAGCACCCGUACGUGAACGAUUGGUCGCACCCAUCUUUGCAAAACCUCUACGCGCAUUACCUUUUGCCAUGCAAAUUGGACAUAUCGAUGCCAUCACAUAUUGUUUAACGUUACGACCACCUUUUCUGGAAUUUAACGAUGAAUUGACACGAUUGUUACACGAAGCACUUGCAUUAGCAGACGCAGAAGAUCAAGCACUUGUCAGUCGAAGUUCCCAGUACAAAAAUACAACGUCUUUGAUGAAUUUACGUAUUGUAUGCAUCAAGCUUUUAUCAGCUGCAUUAGCAUGCUCCGAUUUCUCUAGUCAAAGACAAACUCAUACCCGUGCACGAAUUAUCCAAGUAUUUUUCAAGUCACUUUAUUCCAAAUCUUUAGAGGUUGUGGAAGCAGCACAUCGAGGAUUAAAACAGGUGUUAGCUCAACAACACAAGUUGCCAAAGGAACUACUGCAGCAAGGUCUCCGACCUAUCUUGACAACACUUUCCAACCAUAAAACAUUGAGUGUGGCGGGAUUGGAAGGGUUAGCUAGAUUACUGGAGCUACUUACCAAUUACUUUAAAGUGGAGAUAGGGAAAAAAUUACUGGAUCAUUUGAAGCAAUGGGCGGAACCCAAGGUGCUUCAAGAAGCGGCAGGAAAACCGCUCAGUGAAAAUCAUGAAAUUAAAAUCAUUGUGGCCAUCCUCAAUAUCUUUCAUUUGUUACCUGCUGCGGCACAUAUCUUCUUGGAUGAGUUGAUUACAGUCGUUUUAGAAAUGGAGGGCCAUUUGCGUCGAUCUGUAUCGAGUCCGUUCCGAAUUAACUUGAUUAAAUACCUAACUCGUUAUCCAACGGAGACGGUUGCAUACUUUUACGAAAAACUGGACGAUCCCAAAUGCUGUCAAUUAUUUACAGACAUUUUAAACAUCGAGAAUGCAUCAAGGUUACGUGAUGAAGUAUCCAAUACGUCUGCAGUAUUAAUCAACAAAACCUUCAAAAUUGUGGACCAAUCCGAGAAUAGUACAUCAUCUUCUGAACUUCACUACCGUGGUGUCAUGAUUGUAUAUACACUUGUCAAUUUCAAUUCGGAAUUUUUGUCAACUCAUCGAGAAGUCCUUGAUUGUUUAUUGGAAUUGUGGCGACAAAGACAGAGUAAAUCAUUAACACAACAACAGAGAGAGGAGGAGCAACAGAGUUUGAUGGUGACACGCGAAUUGUUACUACUAGCAAAAAUCUUUGUGGGAUACCUUGAAAAGAAUCCUGACGAAAUUGAUAUUAUUUUCGAUUUGGUGGCCCUCUUCGCACAAGAAUCCGUAGUUGAUCUUUCCUUUUUACAAAGAUUUUUAUUGGAGGAUAUCGCUCAAAAGUCAUCUACUAAACAAAAAAGAGUAAUCCUCGAAAAGUUUUUGGACUUGUUUACUGAUACAUCGACUACAUCCUACAUGAAAAUGAUGGCCUUGCGUCAAGUGGUGAAUCCAGCCUUGUUAGCCACGUUUGUACAAAAGGAUGAGCAAUACACAGAAAUUUUAGAUGCCAGUAUGAUGGAGUUAUUAGACCAGAAAAUCUGGGCGAAUUUGAUGAUGGAAUCUUCUGAAGAUAACCAAUACACAGAAGACUCACUUCGUAUCGAAUUAUUACAAAUGACUGCCAUGAUUGUUCAAUAUGCACCGCAACUACUGGCUGAUCGACGAAAAGAAGUAAUCAAGUUUGGAUGGAAUUAUUUACGUCUUGAAGAUGCUACGAGCAAACAAGCUGCCUAUGUUCUGAUCGCUCAUUUUAUCGCAGCUUAUGAUACUCCUAGUAAAAUUGCCAUUCAGAUAUAUGCUGCUCUCUUACGUGCUCAUUCCUCCGAAGCCCGUAUCCUUGUUAAACAAGGUUUGGAUAUCAUUGCACCCGUGCUUCCACUCCGCAUCGCAUCUCAAGGGAAUGACCGUGUACCUACUUGGGUCCGAUUAACACGAAAAGUAGUAGUAGAGGACACUCAUAGUAUCUCACAAAUGGUUAAUGUUUACCAAUUGUUGAUCAGACACGCAGAUCUAUUCUUUGAAUACAGAGAACACUUUUUACCUCAAAUUGUGAAUACAUUGCCCAAGCUCGGAUUGCUUCAAAAUGCUACACCGGAACACAAGACGUUGACCGUUGAAUUGGCCGAAUUGAUCAUCAAAUGGGAACAAAAACGUAUCGAUAUGGAGACUAAUAAUGAACCUUUAUCACCUACUUCCUCUUCUAGUUCGAAGCGUAAAAUGGAUAUUGACGAUGAAGCAGAUGAAGCGGAUAGCCCAACCAAGAAAGCCCAAGUUCAAACAUCCAAUGGCGAUUUAAAGACAGUCAAUACACAAGGUCUUAAACCGAAUAGCAAAGAAUAUUCACCAAGUUUAACGUUGCGAGAAAAUGUGGUUGGUUACCUUGUACGUCUCUCUUGCAUGGUAUUUAGCCCAUCCGAUAUGAUUCAGAAGCGACUUGUUCAGCGAACAAUCGAACUUGUAAAGUCUUUCUUGAAGCCUGAUCUUUGGGGUGAUGUUCAUGUCCGCUUUAACCAUUUAGAGCGUUCUCUUAUUUUCAAGGAGGCCAAUGAAAUGAUCGCAUCUAGCGUAUGUAACGCAUUGGAAAUCUUAAACGCUGAUAUUGCCUAUAGAGAUACAGACUGGUUUAUUACUAACAUGGGCUCACUUUAUCGAUUGCUUGAAGCUAGUAUAAAGUCUGAAAACUCACGUAUACAAACUGCAUUAUACCCUGUUCUAGUUCGUAUUAUCGAGGCAGUCAACAAGAACAAGAUGAGCUUAGCUCCCCCUGUUCCUAUAACACCCGUCGAUAAUGUACAACCGAUGGACGAAGAUACAGAAGAGGUGACCCCCACACCAGCAUUGCCACCUCAGCCUGAGCAAUCACCCGAAGUAGUCAAUUUCAUGGCAUUGAUUGAUACCACCAUUAAGGAGGGGUUAACCAAUAUGACCAAUAUUUACAGUGUCCUCAAGUUAUUGCAAGCAGCAAGUAGUAGCCAAAGUGAAUAUUUGGAUCCUUAUGUACCUGGUAUAGUAAAAAUGCUUCAGUUAUUGACUAAAGAGCACACGCUACCAUCUCAUUCUACACCCAGUAUGUCAUAUGAAUCGCAAGUUAGCCUGUUAAUAUUAGGACUCUCUCUCCUGAAGAAACGUAUCGCACAUUUAGGAGAUCAGCGUCGUUGGUUCUUGACAUGUCUUAUCCAGUUAAUUGAAAAGUCACCUGAUAUCCAGCUUUUACGCAAUAUUCUUGAUAUGCUUAGUGAAUGGGUGCUUGGAAAGGUGGAACCAAUUCCUACUAUCAAGGAAAAGGCCGGUCUUCUUGGAAAAAUGAUGACAAUAGAGACCCGACACAAUGCUAAAUUAACAGAGGAUUUUUUAAGUUUAGUGCUAAAAAUUUAUAGCAACCCAUCAUUUGCUAGAUCUGAGUUAACAGUACGCAUGGAACAAGCAUUCUUACUGGGUACACGAAACGAAAAUCCCAUUAUCAGAGCACAGUUUAUGGAUAUUUUUGACAAAAGCAUCAGCCGGCCUUUAUCAACUCGUUUAAAUUACAUUUUAGGUGUACAGAAUUGGGAACCUUUAGCCAAUUCGUUCUGGUUACAUCAAGCGUUGGAUUUAUUGAUCGGAUCUGUCAAAAUCGAUACGCAUGUCUCUGCACCAUAUACGCUUAAAGUAAAGCCAAUCGGUAUUUUUGCGAACGAAGAAGAAUUGUCCCAAAUGAACAUUGAUGCAGUAGUACCAGAGGAUGUAAUUAAUGUGAUUCAAAAGCAUCGGGAAUUUUUAAAGAACUUGCAAGGAAGUCAAUUUAGAGAUACUUUGGAUGACAUACGCCAAUUACAAUAUUUGGAUGAUGAUACAGCAUUCAAGCUCUGGGUCGACUUAUUCCCCAUGUGCUGGACAGCCCUUUCAAGCGUGGAGCGCCAUGACAUUACCAAAGUUUUGACCGUGCUACUUUCUAAAGAUUAUCACUCUAAGCAGUCAGAGCGUCGACCAAAUGUCAUACAAGCCUUACUGACUGGUAUAUCGAAUACAACCCCCACAAUUGAGUUACCUUCUCACCUGAUCAAGUAUCUGGGAAAGACUCACAAUUGUUGGCAUACAGCUAUUGAAAUGCUUCAGAAACAGGUGAUUACCGGAAGAUUAAUCGAUGUCCCCAAAGAAGAACAAGUAAACCAGCAACGUACCUUGGAUUCUCUUGCAGAAAUGUAUUCUUCCUUAAAUGAAGAUGAUAUGCUAUAUGGUCUAUGGCGUCGUCGCAGCGUAUACUCUGAAACAAAUAUGACUGUUUCUUGCGAACAAUGUGGUAUGUGGCAACAAGCGCAACACAUGUAUGAAAAUAUUCAAAUCAAAGCCCGUAGUGGUGUAUUGGCUCAUACCGAAUCCGAGAGUAUGUUGUGGGAGGAUCAUUGGAUCAUAUGUACUCAAAAAUUACAGCAAUGGGAUAUCUUAUCAGAUCUGGCUAAACACGACAAUAACACCGGCUUGCUUCUGGAGUGUGCUUGGAGGUUAUCGGACUGGACUGCAGAGCGAGAAUUGUUGGAGCAAUCCUUACAUCAAAUCUCUGACUUCCCUGCUCCUCGCCAAAAGGUAUUUGAAGGUUUCUUGUCUCUCAUCAAGUCUCAAACUAGUCAAGAUAAGCUCCCCGAGUUUACUCGAAUCUGUGAAGAAGGUGUACAGCUAGCACUUCGUAAAUGGCAUUCUCUACCUGCUGUAGUUACCCAAAGCCAUCUUCCUUUAUUACAAACAUUUCAACAGUAUCUGGAACUUUCUGAAGCUAGUCAAAUAUUCAAAAGCCUGUCUAGUACAACUGCUCAAAACCUGGACCAAAGAUCAGCAGAACUUCGCAGUAUUUUAGGAACAUGGCGUGAACGUUUACCGAACAUGUGGGAUGAUAUUAAUGUAUGGAGUGAUUUAGUAGCAUGGCGACAACAUAUAUUUAGUGCGAUUAACAGAACGUACCUUCCAUUGAUUCCUUUAUUACAACCAGCAGCCGGUCAAACUAGUGCAAGUAGUGGACACUCAUAUGCCUACCGUGGAUACCACGAAACAGCUUGGAUUAUCAACCGAUUCGCUCAUGUUGCUCGUAAACAUCACCUUUACGAUGUUUGUAUAAAUUAUCUCACCAAGAUCUAUACCCUUCCAAAUAUUGAAAUUCAAGAAGCGUUCUUGAAGCUACGUGAACAAGCAAAAUGCUAUUAUCAAAAUCCUAACGAAUUAACUGCUGGCCUUGAUGUUAUCAACAAUACCAAUCUCAUGUAUUUUACACAUCAACAAAAGGCUGAAUUUUUCACUCUCAAGGGUAUGUUUUUGGCAAAAUUACACCACAACAACGAGGCAAAUGAAGCGUACGUUAAUGCUGUCCAAAUCGACAUGACACUACCUCGUGCAUGGGCGGAAUGGGGCAGAUAUAAUGACCGUCGUUUCAAGGAGAAUCCCAAGGACUUAUCAUGGGCUAACAGUGCCGUCAGUUGUUAUCUGCAAGCUUCUGGACUUUAUAAGAAUGCAAAGGCUCGUAAACAUCUUUUGCGAAUUCUUUGGCUUUUAAGUUUAGAUGAUCAAAAUGGAACUAUUUCUCGUGCUGUCGAAGGCUAUAAGGGAGAAUGGCCUGUAUGGUAUUGGAUAACAUUUAUUCCUCAAUUGCUAACUGCGCUUCAACACCGAGAAGGUCGUCAUGCCCGUGCUAUCUUGAUUCGUAUUGCCAAGCAAUUCCCUCAAGCCCUUCAUUUCCAAUUGAGGACUGCUAAGGAAGAUAUGCUAAAACGUGCCAGCGUUUUACAAGCCAGCAUGGCUGCUGAAGCAGCGCAACAAGAAACUACAACAGCCACAUCUCAAGCCUCCCCAACAAAAGAAGAGUCGAUGGAAGUUGAUGAAGAGCCUAAAGCAGAAGAUGAAUCUAUGGGCGUAACCGGAGAGAAGAAAGAAGAUGAUUCUAGUGAUCCUGUUUCAAUUAAAAUGGAAGAAAUAGCCAACGAAAAAGAAGGGACACCAGCUAUGGCUCAGCCUUCCCCUGCUAUCAGUAAUGCAAGCGAAAGUACCUCCACUUCUGUGCCCCCACAAUCCAAUUUCGCCAACGCUACUGGUAACAGAGGUCCUUUACCGACUCAAAUUAAUCCUACACCUGCUGUUGCUAGUCCAUUAGAUGAAAUUAUGUCCAUGUUGAAGACGGGAUAUCCGUUGUUGGCCUUGUCUAUGGAAACUAUGGUUGACCAAAUACAGUUAAAGUUCAAACCUCAAGCAGACGAAGACAUGUAUAGAUUAGUGGUGGCGUUAUACAACGAAGGAGCUCAGCAAUUGCUAACUCGAUUGACCAAUCCUACCGAUACAUUUCAACUGACGCAUGCUACUGUGGCCAAUAUACACAGAUUCGCUGAUAGUUUAUAUCCCGGACAUAUGAAGACAGCAUUCGUUAACGAUUUUGCUAAAGCUAAAUUGAAUUUAGAAGAAUAUGUAGCAAAAUUACGUUUAUGGCGAGACAAAUUUGAGGCUAUGUUGGAUGCUCGUCCUCGCAAACAUAAAUUGGAAGCCUCUAGUCAUUAUCUUGUUGAAUUUCAACAUCAGAAGUUUGAUGAUGUAGAGAUUCCUGGUCAAUACCUGAUGCUUAAAGAUAAUGCUAACGACUUUUUGCGUAUCGACAGAUUCUUACCAGAAGUUGAAAUUAUUCGUAGUUAUGGAAACUGCUACCGUCGACUAACCAUUCGUGGUCAUGAUGGUACCAUUCAUCCCUUCUUGAUCCAGAAUCCCGUCGCACGUCAGUUUCGUAGAGAAGAAAGACUCAUGCAGCUAUUCCGUAUGUUGAAUUAUAUUUUAGAACGAAGAAAACAAAGUAGAAUGCGAAAUUUAGUAUUCCACCUACCCGCUAUCGUGCCUCUUGCUCCUAAUGUCAGAAUGGUACAGGAUGAUCCUUCAUACACAUCCCUGUAUGACAUCUACGAAGACCAUUGUGAUAGUGUUCACAUGCAUAAGGAUGAUCCCUUGGUAUACUUCGUCGAAAAGUUUAAAAAUAAUAUUAAUGCUCAGAAAGAUAUUGUUAAUCAAAAGACUGAAUUAUUGAACUUACGUAUGGAAAUCAACGAUUACAUCUCCACCAAUAUGGUUCCUUCCAAUAUUCUUAGCAAGUAUCUAUUCAAAACUAUGAGCUCUUACACAGAUUAUUGGAUGCUCCGUAAGCGAUUUACUGCUCAGUAUGCUACUGCAACUUUAAUGGCAUACAUCUUCAGUGUGGGUCACAGAAUGCCCCAUAAAAUCAUGAUUUCUCGUAGUACUGGUAAUGUCUGGAUGACUGAACUUUUACCAGGUUGGAAUGCAGCAAAUCCCUUAUUCGGUAAUGGCGAGGCUAUACCCUUUAGAUUUACACCCAAUAUCCAAGAAUUUAUUACUCCUAUUGGUAUCGAGGGCCUGUUUACUAGUUGCUUAAUGGCAACUGCACGCUGCUUAACCGAACCUGAAUUCGAAUUGGACCAAUAUCUAUGUUUAUUUGUCAGAGAUGAAUUGGCGACAUGGCACUUAGCUAAUCAUCGCUCUGUUACAGACGCCCAAUUCCGUGAAAGAAUCAAUACCAAUGUCCUUCAAGUACAGACUAAGGCGCAAUUCUUGUCAUGUAAAGCUGAUCGCGAAAAAACUCUUAGCGCCGGCAAACCUUUGAAUCAAAAUGUUAUCGAUUUAAUAUCACAAGCAAGUAAUCCCCAAAAGAUGGCUCAGAUGGAGUGUACUUGGAUGCCUUGGUUGUAA